AGUGCGGACAAAGCGGGCGGUGCGCAGGCGCGGCGCGGCGCUCGGGCGGGGAGAGGCUCGCUCGCUGGCUCGCUUUGUGCCGGCGCUUCCCUCGGCUCUCGGAUCUCCACAGUUCAGCAUGUCUGGCAGGUCGGUGCGGGCCGAGACCAGGAGCAGGGCGAAGGAUGACAUCAAACGGGUCAUGGCAGCUAUCGAAAAAGUACGGAAAUGGGAGAAGAAAUGGGUGACUGUUGGGGACACAUCGUUGAGGAUCUACAAAUGGGUACCUGUAACAGAACCUAAAGUUGAUGAUAAAAACAAAAAUAAAAAAAAGGGAAAAGAUGACAAAUGUGGUUCUGAAGUGACUACUCCAGAAAACAGCUCCUCACCAGGCAUGAUGGAUAUUCAAGAUGAGAACAGUAAUCAGAGUUCCAUAGCAGAUGCCUCUCCAAUGAAGCAAGAGAAUAGCAGCAACCCAAGUCCUGCACCAGAGCAGAACUUAGUAACUCAAGCAGAAAGCUCCGACACCCGGACUGAGGAAAUUCAUCCCCCAGUCAAAGAACAACCCAGCUCUGAUGACACAUCGCCACCAGCAGAGCCAAAUUCCCAAACUCCAGAAUCAUCCCUCACUGAUGUAGAGAAAUCAGACGUGCAACCAUCAGGAGUGAAAGAGAACACAGAGACAACCAAAGAUACUCAGGAAUCUGAAGAUGGGGAGCCUCUUCCAAAAAAGAUCAGAACAGAGACCUCUCAGCAGAGCACUGAGGAGAGUUAGGCUGUUCAGAAAACUCUGGGGUUACCUUCCACAUAAAGGUACAUCAAUGGGCCUCAUUUCAGACCAACCUUCUAGAAACUUUCACAUAUUACUGAACAUGGAGGAACCACUGGCCACGAAGGAAUGUUGAGUCAUAAUCCAAGUAAAAAAUUUGGGAAGACUGGACAGAUAUGAAGCUGACUAAUUUCUCCUGUGAAAUAACAUUCUAGUGAUUUAUAUAUUUAAAUUACUUUUUGCUGUUAAAGUUGGGUGGGGUGGGUGGAAGAAAUGGACUCAGGAGGGUUGACGCACUGGUAGUUUAUAAAACUUGUCAAGAUCACAUGUUUUUUGCUGCUGUAUUUUCAUUCUUUUAUUUAUGUUGUGAAAUAUUUAAUGAUGGUACAGGUCAGAAUUAGUGUACGUAUGAAAUCCAUUAUUCAUGCCAUUUAAUUCCAUUUUGUGCCUCAAGAAAUGACCACUAUCUUGUAGAAAAUGCCCUAUGUUUGCGUAAUGCCUUGAAAGUAGUAAGAUUCUAUUUGUGAUCAUGUUAAUCAGUAUAACACAGUGAAUUAUUUGGUCCAUCUCACAUUUAGCUUUGUAACUUUAAAUGUAGUGCAGGUAUCUAUAAAAGAGAACUAUUUCCUUGAAUACAUCCACACAGGUUGUUAUAUUCAUUUACCAAGGUGUGAACAUAAGACUUAGUGAGAAGUUUAAGGGUGUUUUUUAAAAAAUGAAAAUGCUAUCUAUAGUAGGUGUGUAAUUGAAUUGAAUUGAUGACCAAAUCAAAAAUUUGGAUUAAGCUGAAAAUUUCAAAUAGUGGGUCAGUGUUUUGGACCAUGUAUCUGAUGAGCUAAGUCUCCAAGUUUGUCCAUGAUUUGGUAUACCCAGUAAAAUCUGUGCUGAUGUAUGUGGAAGGUGUGCUUGUUCCUUUUGAUAUUCUGCAGCAGAUUUUGGUUAUAUAUGUGCAGACCUAACAGUGGGGUGGCCUUUGUUGAUGUUGCAUGCUGUGGAGAGACCAGUAGAACUGAAAGAAAAUACUAAACCUUGAAUUUUAUCUUCUUAAAAAAAAAACUUGAAUUAUCCUGGUUUGCUAGCUCAUGAUAGCUAACCUCCCACUUUAGAUAUUGUAACUUUAUUUCUGCUUCAGUAAUUUGAUAUCUGCUUCAGUACUGAAGAUGCAUUUUAUACUAUUAUGAUGUGGAAAUUGUAAUAGUAAAUGUUUUAAAGUUUAGUAAAACUUCCACAAUCCUUACAAGUGGGGCAUUUUCUUAAAUGACAUCAUUUUGUGCAGUGAAAUAAAAGUGAAAUUCCAUGGAUUAAACCCUUGUCACCUCGAUGUAAGGGCCAUGGCACAAAAAAUGUGGACUCAAAUAUGAACUAUGGAAUUCAUAGUUCACAAUGUCCAUAACUAAUUUUAACAUUAUUUCAUUAUAAAAUUGCCACCAGAUACACUUAAUUCCAGUCCUGAAAUAUUGGAAGACAUCCAUACUUCAUUCAUUCCCCUUUAAAUGGUAACCUAUAUUUUAAGAUUUUAAAUAUUGAUGGUUACCUUUCCCUGUGAAGAUGCAUGUAAGUUUUGGACUAAAUGAUUGAUGAAAAUAGUAAAGGUGUUACUGCUUUAUUUAUUUGAGCCUCAAUCACUUUUGAGACCCAUUGUUUCAAACACUAAUAAUAGAACUUAAAAUUAAAUUCAGAAUCCUGGCUGUAUUCAAGGAAGUAACUUUAGCACUGAAUCACAGUUGCACUAUGCAUAUGUAAUGAGUGCUUAUGUUUAAAAAGUAAGAAUGGAUAUAAUUCUGGCAAUUGUUUUGCCUAAGAAUAUCACACUUUCACAUACUGGCAUGCCCAAGAUUCUCCAUCUUAAAUGAAGUCACUAUGUGAUCACCAUAUACAAGAAUUUAAGCUCCAAGUAUUCAUCAUUGUCAUGUAUAAAUAUUUGAAUAACUCGGGUCAUUUUAAUUCUCCAAAAUGCCUUCAAAUCCUAUAACGUUGCCACCAGUUUGCCAGCAUAAAAUUGAGAGAAUAUCCAGGUUUUUCAUUGUGUUUGGUUAUGUUUGAACUGCAUUGGUUUCUCACAUAACCUUUAUUUAUCUAACUUGUUUUGCUUGGGCUUUAGCUUUAAUAUAUAAAUCUGAGACAUUGCUUGUAAAGCACACAGUACAGAAUUUUGGUACUAAUGAGUACAUAAUGUGCAUGCUGGUACCAAAAGCUUUGGGCAGACCAUCUUUAAAGGAACUUUUGCUCCUGAGAAGGCCCAAUAAAUAUUUUAAGUUGUGCUAGAACAAAAAUGCUGCCCUUGGCCCACUUCUAUUAAUACAGUUAAACCUAUUCUGUCCCUAGACUCUUAACCUGUUGGUAUAGGUGGUGGUUAAUUUCCUCUGCAAAAAAACAAGCAGUCUGUGGCUCUCAGGCAACAUUUUUUUUUAAAAGAAGUCCGAAGCUUGGGUUGGUGAAGACUGAUCUGCCUCACCUAGUUUUUGAGUGCAAGUUAUUUUUGUCAAUUAUUUGGCCCUUACUACUUGUUACUGGUCUUCGAUUGAUUAUAAAUUUGGCUUCUAUUAUACUUUUUUGUAGGAAUUGGUUUCAAAUUUGUUGCUUGGCUAUCUUAUUGCUACAAGAAAUGUAGAAAAAGAAUCAGCAUUAUGUACAGGGAUACUAUUUGUCAUGGUGUACCAGCAUUCUGUAAUGUACUAUUUUGGAGUGAAUCAGUAACUCUUAUUUCUGGUUACAUGCUCAAUCAAAAAUAAUGCUGGCAAAAAUGCAUCCAGUGAUUUUUUUUUGGAGAUCGGCAAUUUUAUAAAGUCCCAGUUGGUUUACAAUUCAAUUUUCAUGAGCAGCUAGCUACAUUUCAGCUUGAAAGGAAAUUAAAGAUUUUUUUGUGAUGGAGACUUAUCUGAAGUUGAAUUGCCUCCUGAAGCAAAUGAAACCUGUUUGCAUGAAUAAGUCAAGCAGUGGCUAAGUAGAAAGAGAUCAUUUUGCAAUUAGUACAACUGAACCACAAACAAAUUAUCAAAUUAGUUGCAGUUCUUUAAAAUUGAGUACUGAUAAAUAACUAUGUGCUUCUCAUAAAUAGUGUGUACUAUUUGAAAAUUCCUGUAUGGUAAUUGACAAGGAUAUUUUGAGUCAUUACUUUGUACCUAGUUCAGAACGUUUUUCCUACGUUGUUUCAGCUACCUGUUCCAUAAGGGAAGGCCGGUUCAUUGAGAAAAUCCAUGCAGGACUAUCAAAGUAAUUCUAUAAAACUAACAUACUGUUUACCUUUUAACUAGUCCAUGGUUCAGUUCCAUUUAUUCUGGGAACCUUGUUAUAAACUACUGGGGACUGACAAAACUCGAGCUAGGUUCAACAGUAUUACUAUUUUAUUUGCAUUUUGUUUUGGUUACAUAAACCAAAAUGUUUUAAUGGUGGAUUUACUAAAUAUCUGGUGUAUGACACCCCAAAUGGAAAAACUGAGUGAUUUUUGUGUAGAUAUUUGUCAGUUUCAAGACUGCUGCAGUGAAAGCUAGUUGUAUACCUCGUGUCAUGAAGGGGCUUAACAGUAUAAUUUUUAAAACAAUUAGCAACACUAAUGAACUUUGUAGAUGUGGUAUGAGUUUUUUUAAUAAAGUUGGGUGUAGUCUUGCCUUUCCAUAAUUGGCUUUUGCUAAUAGAAUUUCUGUACAAUGUAAUUUUGGUACUGUCUGUUUUUCCAUUUGAAACUUGUAAAGUUGUAUGUUCAAGAAAGCUUCUGGCAAAAGGUAUAUAAAAUGAUUUCCAUUCUAUUGUGAAGGCAGCAUCACAGCUAAAGCAAGAAAAUCUUGUAAUUUUAAAAGCUGGGUGGUGCCAGUUUUCCUUUUGUACUAAGUAAUUACUGGAGCUUCUGUUACACCUUUUGAAACUUUUCUCCAUCUAAGGAAGGCUUUAAAAUGUAUUCCAAUCUGGAUCUAUAAAUUCUAAUCUGAUAUAUUGUUAGACUGCAACAUUGCUAUGACCAGAAUGAGAGUUUAACUUUAUAAACUAGAAAAACAAUGACUUUUAAAUUUGUGUCCUUGGAAUUUUUAAGAAAUUGAAGCACCACAUUCCAAAUUUUUUUUUUGUAGAAGUGCUGGCGCUUAUUUAUUAAUAAAUUGACAGCAGCUCGUACUGCUGCACUAUUAACUACAGAAAACUAUGCGAAUCCUGUCCAGGUAUCAACAUAAAUUUAUCUAAUUGUCCAUAUUUUAACCUAUUAUUUCUAGAGAUCACAGCUAUCAUGAAAAACUUAACACUUUCCAAUUGAAAUGCAAUGUGUUGUACAGCAGUGUUUUCUUUCUUAUUUAUUCCCUUAAGUAUGGUUUGUACCAUGUACAAUGACUGUU